AUGUUCCGUCAUUUACUCAACAUUCGCAACACUCGCAAAACACAGACCAUGGCGUGGUUCUGUUCUGGUUCCACUAAUAAUGAAUUAAUUGAGAACCUAUUCAAGGCUGGAUUGAUUGAACACGAGCGAGUGAAAGAUGCCAUGAUCGCAGUUGAUCGAGCCCACUAUGCGCCAUCUCGGCCAUACUCAGACUCACCUCAGCCCAUCGGACAUGGGGCCACCAUAUCAGCACCACAUAUGCAUGGUCAUGCAUGCGAGUAUCUGAUCGAGUAUCUCAAACCGGGUGCUCGGGUCUUGGAUAUUGGAUCUGGCUCAGGAUACCUGACCCAUGUUCUAGCGAAUCUGGUGACCGGCGCUUCCGAAAACGCUGCUCAGGGACAAGUGAUUGGAAUUGACCAUAUAUCCGAACUGACUGACCUGGCUCGUAACAACAUGAACAAGUCUGAAGAAGGAAGUGAACUCCAGUCCUCGACGAAAGUCAGUUUCAUCACGGGGGAUGGACGCCUGGGAUGGAAAGAGGGGGCGCCAUAUGAUGCGAUCCAUGUUGGCGCGGCAGCUGAACAGCUUCACCCAACUUUGGUUGACCAACUGCGUGCUCCUGGAAGACUAUUCAUCCCGGUGGAAUCGGAGAACGAUGGUAGUCUUAGCAGGGGUCAGUACAUCUGGGUGGUUGACAAGAAGGAAGAUGGUUCCGUUCACAAGGAGAAGGUCUUCCAGGUCAGCUAUGUGCCUCUGACAGAUGCUCCAAGAUGA